AAGGGCCCGUGAGGGGCGCUGGGGUCAGCUAGGGAUAGUACCCCCACGGCCCGAUGGCGCCCCUGCUCUUCGUUCCAUAAGAACGGGUGACCUGGACUUUCCGUGUCCCUUUCCUCAUCAGUGUAAGACACAGACCUGAACUGUGUUGAUCACUGAUGCCCUGAUACAAAGUAGGUGCUCAAUAAAUCAAUGAAUGAACCCACGAAUGAAUGAAUGAAACAGGGAGGGUCUGGUGGGCAGACUGCUGUCAGCUUAGGUGAGGCCUGCGGCCAGAUGGGGGGAGUCUGGUCAGUUAUGGUGGAAUCCCAGGCCACAAGCACCGAAAUGGGGCAGGCACACCCCCGCCCCAAGACCCUAAGGUAUUUUGGGGUGAGGGGUCUGCCCCCUCGGGGUUCAGGGACAGGUCAUGGAGAAGUUGGGGUUCUGGGGCACCUUCUUCCGGCUGAGAGGAGCUGGGCGGGCCGGGCCAACAGGUCGGGUGGCAUAGCCAAGCUGACACUCACCUCCAGCAUAAAACCCCACUUCAUGGAGCCGUGCACCUUGAGCUGGUGCUCACGGACCUCCCGCCACCACUGCCCCCCAGCUCUGUGCCCCAGCCGGCCUGAGAUCAUGAGGCGGCUGCCAGCCAUGGCCCUGCUCCUGCUGCUGCUGUGGUUUGGGACUCAAGGAGCGGCGGCAUCAAGUGUGUGCGGGCGCCCAAGGAUGCUGAACCGGAUGGUGGGUGGCCAGGACGCCUUGGAGGGCGAGUGGCCCUGGCAGGUCAGCAUCCAGCGCAACGGAAGCCACUUCUGCGGGGGCAGCCUCAUCACGGAGCGAUGGGUCCUCACCGCUGCCCAUUGCUUCUCCAACACCUCCCAGACAUCCCUAUACCAGGUCCUGCUUGGGGCGCGGCAGCUGGUGAGGCCAGGCCCACAUGCCAUGUUCGCCCAGGUGAAGCGGGUGGAGAGCAACCCCCUGUACCAGGGCAUGGCCUCCAGUGCCGACGUGGCCCUGGUGGAGCUGGAGGCACCGGUGACCUUCACCAACUACAUCCUCCCCGUGUGUGUGCCUGACCCCUCCGUUGUCUUUGAGACGGGCAUGAACUGCUGGGUCACUGGCUGGGGCAGCCCCAGUGAGGAAGACCGCCUGCCCAACCCGCGGGUCCUGCAGAAGCUCGCCGUGCCCAUCAUCGACACACCCAGGUGCAACCUGCUCUAUAGCAAAGAUGCCGAGUCUGGCUUCCAGCCCAAAGCCAUCAAGGACGACAUGCUGUGCGCCGGCUUCGCCGAGGGCAAGAAGGACGCCUGCAAGGGCGACUCAGGGGGACCCCUCGUAUGCCUGGUGGGCCAGUCAUGGCUGCAGGCUGGGGUGAUCAGCUGGGGCGAGGGCUGCGCCCGCCGGAACCGCCCAGGCGUCUACAUCCGCGUUACCUCCCACCAUGCCUGGCUCCGUCAGAUCAUCCCGGAACUACGGUUCCAACAGGCUGAGCCGGGUGCCCAGACGCGGGGGCCCCGGGGCCAGAAGCCGCCCACUGCGAACUCUGUGCCCUGCCUGGCGGCCCCUGUGCUCCUCUCAGUCCUCGUGGCCCUGCUCGCCCUCCUCUGA